CGCUUUAGGAAGUGGUUUCACUUGGCCAAUUCCUAGGGUGACUGUAGAAGUGAGUCACGAAGCCAUGAAGGAGCUGGGUGUCUUGAAAAGCAAGCUGGCGGAAGAUAUGGAGGCGGUGAGGGCGCGGGUUCGGGACGAGCUCCGGGUUGAGUUCCAAGGGGAGAAGGAGAAGAUGGAAGCGGAUCACGCCGAGGAGCUGCGGCGCGUUCGAGAGCAGUUCCAGACGGAACGGGAGGAGUUCCAGAAGGAGAAGGAGGAUCUUGUCCGCCUUCAUGACGUGGCCAAGGCGGAGGCUGUGCGUGAAGCGCAAGUUGCCGCGGUCCGUCAGUAUAGAUCUUCUCCUUCUUUCGGGAAGGUUUUGGCGGACGCGAUGACAAAAACUGUGAUUGCGAUCCGCAAGAAGGUUUGCCCGGAAAAUCCCGGUGUUCGUUGGAACACUCGCGCUAUGGUCGAACACGUUCAAAUGUGGUUGCGCGAGAAGAGGUCAUUGGAGCCCGAUACCGAGUCUGAGGACGAGAAAGAUGAAGAGGGCGAGGAUGAGUCGUCCGAAGCUAGGGAUGGGGAAACUGGCGUGGCAGCUGACAAGGUGGCUGUGGACGCGGCGGCAGAAGAGGGAGGGGGGGAAUGCAACUGUAACUGACAACGUUGUAGAUUCAGUAUAGGUUAUGUUUCCCUUUGUUUUCUGUGAUGUGUUAUUUGCUAUCUCCCAGUGGGAAAAUCCAAAGACAUGAAUAUUCUCUAAGUUAUGUUGCGUUGCCUUUUCCUAUUUCACUUGUUGCACUGGUUUUUUUUCCUUUUAAGUUACAUCGCGUUGCAUUUGUGUUGUGUCGCAACUCGUGGUUGCGCUAUACGUCGCGCAUCAUAUGCGU